AAAAAAAUAUAAUUAAAUAAAAAAAUUAAAUAAUCAAAAGUAAAUAAAAUGCCAAAAAUAAAUAUUAUGCUCUCAAAUAUACUUUGCCUGGUUCUUAUUAGCCAAGCAAUAGCUUAGAACUAUGAUUAUAGUACUGCAAAUGUUUGUGAUACUUAGUCAUUAGGUAAAUCUCAGGAUUAAGUUGCUUAUAUGUGUACUCACUAAGCUCUUGGUUCCUGCUAGCUACAAUAAGCUGUAUAAGCUGAUGGCUACUCCAGCUUUGCAGAGUAUGGAUUCGGUGGUUAUGGUAGCAACCCUCCUUCAAAUUAUUGCUGUAGAUGCUUUUAAAUUCAAGUCUAAGACAGUGAUGCUCCUGCAAAGGAUAUUAUUGUUUAAGGUAUUAACACUGGUGGUGAUGUAAAUAGUAACUAGUUCGAUUUAUCUAUGAUUGCUGGUGGUUUUGGCGCUAACAACGGAUGUGCUAACAAAGUUUUUGCUUGGAAUGGUGGUGCUUGGGAUGGACAUGCUGGACCUGCCUAAUAUCCUUCAAGUGCUGCUGGUAAUUGGUGCAGUGAUCCUACUUAAGAUAACUCCCAAUGCUAAAAUGCUUACUCUGGUGGUAUCACUUAAAGAAGCGAUUGUGCUAAGUUACCUAACAAUAACUUAACCUAACUAUGUUAAUACUCUUUUGACACAAAAUGGAGAACUAGCAACGGAAAUAGGGAUACUAUUAUGAAAGAAGUAAGAUGCCCUGCUGGAUUGAUUAAAUUAUCAGGCUGUAACAAAGAUGAUUCAUCUUUACCUUACCCUUCUGGAAAGCUCUCUGCUAGCGAUCCUAAUGUUGUAAAAGGAAAAUUGACUCAUAUGUGGGAUUGUUGCAAACCAUCUUGCUCAUGGACUGGAAACGUAUCCAACGCUAAAGGCACUGCUGUCAUGUCUUGCGAUGCAUCAGGAACCAAUAUACUUGGUGCUAAUACUUCAUUUUAAUGUGUGAAUCUUACUUGUGAUCCUACAUGUAAAACCUGCUCAGCAUCCAAUGAUUCAAGCAAAUGCACAGCUUGUAAUACUGGCUACUACUUAAGCUCAAACCCUGGAUAAUGUAAUGCUUGUCCUCCUGCUUUAAAUUGCUAAGAAUGCUCCAAUAGCACUACAUGCACAACUUGUAAAACUGGAUUUACUUUAUAGAAAGAUGGAUCUUGCAAGAAACCUUGCGAUUAAAGUUGCAAAACUUGCAGCACUCCUUAAGAUGCUACUUAAUGUACUUCUUGCAAUGAUGGAUACUAUCUGAGUGGAUCUUCCGUUGGUACUUGUUCUAAAUGCCCAUCAAAUUGUACUAGUUGCACUUCUAAUAGUAGCUGUUAAACUUGUACUGAUAAUUAUGUUUUAAUAAGUGGAAGUUGCUAACCUUGCAACAGUCCAUGCUUAUCUUGUAAAACAGAUACCAAUACUUGCACAAGCUGCGUUAAAGGUUAUACUUUAAAUGGAAAUACAUGCCAAGCCUCUUGUGAUUCUACUUGCAAAACUUGCAGUAAAACCUAAGAUGCAACUUAAUGUACUUCUUGCAAUACUGGAUUUUAUUUAAAUGGAACUAAUGUAGGAUCGUGUGUUUAAUGUUCUUCAAAUUGCAGCAGUUGCACUUCCUAAAAUAGCUGCUAAACUUGCACCAACAACACCAUAUUAGUGAGCGGUUAAUGUUAAUCUUGCACAAGUCCAUGUUAAACUUGUUAGACUUCAGUCACAAAUUGCUAAUCUUGUGUUUAAGGGUAUACUUUGAAUGGAAAUACUUGUACUGCUUCAAACACUGGAAAUUGCCAUCCUAGUUGCUAAACAUGCAGCAAACCAAACGAUUAAAAUUCUUGCACUUCAUGCCCUACAGGAUAUCUUGUUCUUGGAGGUAACUGUUAGCCUUGUUAAAAGCCAUGCUAGAAUUGCAGCGGAAAUCCUAAUAGUUGCACUUCAUGUAUUGCAAAUUAUUCAUUGAGUGGAAACACAUGUGUUGGUAGUAAUUAAGAUUAAACACAGUGUCACCCUAGCUGCAAAACUUGCAGUGUUUAGCAUGACUAAAAUGCUUGUACCUCCUGUUUUGAUGGGUUUUUAAUUUUGGGUAAUGGAAAUUGUUAGCCUUGCCAGCCUCCUUGUUUUAAUUGCUCUGGUAAUCCUAACAAUUGUACUGCAUGUGCAAGUGGUUAUGCUGUCUAAAACGGUACAUGUUCAAAAAUACUAAGUGAUAAUUCAUAAUGUAAUUCAACCUGCUAAACUUGCACAUAGGCUAAUAACGCAAAUGCAUGUGCAACAUGCAUGAAUGGAUUUGUUCUUACUUAAAAUAAUGCUUGUUAAGCCUGCUAAAGUCCCUGCUAAACAUGCAGUGGUUCUCCAACUAGCUGUCUUUCUUGUAUUGCUAAUUAUACCUUACAAGACAAGCAAUGUGUUUCCUAAUUUUCGGCAACAGUAAAAACCAAUUCAAGCAUUUUGAAAUUAAGUUUUGUGGUUUUAAUUUCUUUACUUAUCUUCUCAAUUUGA